AUUCUCACAGAUGGGAAUUUAGGGAGAGAGUCUUAAGUAUGCUUUACAUCAGCCACAUCAUUUUAGCUUCAUGUUCUUUUUGAAGGCAUACUUGCAUUGGAUAUCCAGCUGUAACUUCAGUACAGGAACUGGCCUAUUAUACAGGAGAAAGCUUAUUUGCCACCACAAACUAUGCCAUGUUCAUAGAUCAACCAUUAACUAAAGAGAGGAGUGAAGAAAUAUCCAAAACAUUAGAUAGUCAUCCACAUAUCUGUGUUGACCGAGGCUGGACAUGGGGAAAGGCUACUAUAUCAGCAAGAAAUUUGGAUUGGCAGGAAUUGUGUUAGGUGGUGCAUCUUUGGCCACCAUUAUAGCCUUGUCAGUUGUAUAUAAUGAGGAAAAGGCCAAGAACAGUAGUGGACCAGGGGAUGGAGCACUGGGGAGCACCCCUCUGCCAACAAUCCAAACCCCAGAAAACCAUGACGGAGUCUGGGACCGCUACAGGCUGCCUGACUCUUUAGCACCCGUCUCCUACAAUGUAACUCUGUGGCCUCGACUGCAGACAAACCCAGAUGGCCUCUACAUCUUCACAGGACAUUCGGCUGUGGUAUUCAAGUGUGUGAAGGAGACAGACCUGAUCCUCAUUCACUCUAACAAGCUUAACCUGACCAUGUUUGAAGGACACCAUGCCAAACUGACUGGGAUAGGUGGAGCUACGGCACCUACUAUACAAAAAUCUUGGCUACAACAGAAGACAGAAUACCUUGUUAUUCAGGUAAAUGGUAAACUGGCUGUUGGAAAGAUCUAUGUACUUAACACAGAAUUUCAAGGAGAGCUUAGCGAUGAUCUGGAAGGAUUCUACAGGAGUGAAUACAUUGAGGACGGCCUCCAAAAAAUUGUUGCAACUUCGCAGAUGCAGGCAACGUACGCCAGGAAAGCAUUCCCAUGUUUUGAUGAGCCGGCAAUGAAAGCAAUCUUUAACAUCACCCUUAUCCAUGAUCACGGGACUGUGGCCCUGUCCAAUGGAAGAGAGACUGAUGUUGCAAACACAACCAAAGACGGCAAAGAGGUCACUGUAACAAAAUUUGAGCCAACAAGCAGAAUGUCAACGUAUCUACUAGCGUUCAUUGUCAGUGACUUUGCCAUGAUUGAUGGAUCAAUGGAAGACAGCCCAAUUGUGGUUCGAAUCUGGGCCCGCAGAAAAGCAAUCUUGGAAGGACAAGGACAAUAUGCCUUACAAGUUACAGGACCAAUACUUACAUUUUAUGAAACAUACUACAAUGCUAGUUACCCGCUCUCCAAAUCUGACCAGAUUGCCCUGCCUGACUUCAAUGCUGGAGCAAUGGAAAACUGGGGUUUGGUCACUUACAGAGAGACUGCUCUCCUCUACGACCAAACCAUCUCCUCUAACGGAAACAAAGAAAGAGUACUGACUGUUAUCUCCCACGAACUCGCUCACAUGUGGUUUGGGAACCUGGUGACGUUGCAAUGGUGGAAUGAACUGUGGCUGAACGAGGGCUUUGCCUCCUAUGUGGAGUACCUCGGUGCUGACCACGCAGAGCCCACUUGGAACAUGAAAGAUCAGAUCUUACUGAAUGACAUCCACAAGGUGUUUGCUGUGGAUGCCCUGGCAUCCUCUCACCCUCUCUCCCGCCGAGAGGAGGAGGUGAACACUCCCGCUGACAUCAGCGAGAUGUUCAACACCAUCUCCUACAGCAAGGGGGCAGCAGUGCUUAAGAUGCUUUCUGAGUUUCUCAGUGAGCCUGUGUUUGUCAGAGGACUAAGUUCCUACCUGAAUGAGUUUGCCUUUAACAACACUGUGUACACUGAUCUUUGGGAUCAUCUUCAAAAAGCAGUUAGAAAUACUCCUGGCAUGAGUCUCCCAUGCACCGUACAGGACAUCAUGAGCCGCUGGACCCUCCAGAUGGGCUUCCCUGUUGUCACCAUUGACACCCACACAGGACUCAUUACCCAGAAACACUUUCUCCUGGAUCCUGAUUCUGUUGUGGAAAGGCCAUCUGAAUUCAAUUAUACCUGGUUUAUCCCCAUGAAAUGGAUGAAAAAAGGAGGUUUUUGUGAGCAACACUGGCUUCUCCAGAAAACAGGCACUUACCCUCCACUCAAGACCAAUGGAAAUGAAUGGAUACUGGCCAACGUAAAUGUUUCUGGAUACUACAGAGUAAACUACGACCCUGACAACUGGGAACGCCUGCUUAAUCAACUGAGUACAGACCAUCAGGUCAUUCCUAUACUCAGCCGUGCUCAGAUAAUAGAUGAUGCUUUCAAUCUUGCCAGGGCUAAGGUGAUCAACACAACAUUGGCUCUGAGAACCACAAAGUAUCUUUCCCAGGAAAGAGAUUAUAUUCCAUGGGAGUCUGCGCUGAAAAACCUGAACUACUACAUCCUCAUGUUUGACCGCACUGAGGUCUUUGGGUCUCUGCAGGCAUACCUCAAGAAACAAAUUAGACCUCUUUUUGAACACUUCAGAACUAUUACAUCAAACUGGACAAGAGUACCUACAGACCACAAUGACCAGUACAAUCAGAUUAAUGCCAUAUCAAUGGCAUGCAGAAUGGGAGUCGAAGGCUGUAGGAGUCUCACUCAAAGCUGGUUCAGACAGUGGAUGCUAGACCCAGACCACAACCCGAUUCAUCCUAAUCUGAAGACGGUGGUGUACUGCAAUGCCAUAGCAGCAGGGGGUGUGGAGGAGUGGGACUUUGCCUGGAACAUGUCAAAAAAAACCACGGUGGCCACUGAAGCUGCCAAACUCAGGUCCUCACUAGCCUGUACCAAGGCACCCUGGCUGUUGAAUAGAUAUCUAGGGUACUCCCUGAAUCCAGCUAUGAUUCGGAAGCAGGAUGCCACCUCUACCAUCCAGUACAUAGCCAAUAAUGUGGUGGGGAUGCCUUUGGCUUGGGAUUUCCUUCGCGCUAAAUGGAAGCACAUCUUUGAACAGUAUGGAGGCGGUUCAUUUUCCUUCUCCAAUCUAAUCAGUGGUGUUAGCAGGAGAUUCUCAACUGAGUUUGAACUUCAACAGUUAAAACAGUUCAAAGAAGACAAUGCCCAUGUUGGCUUUGGCUCAGGCACUCUGGCCUUGGAGCAGGCAAUAGAGAAGACCACAGCCAACAUCAAAUGGGUUGCAGAGAACAAGGAACAUGUGUUGAAGUGGUUUACAGAUGAAUCUAGUUGAACCCUGCCAUGUGUGCACUUUGUAAAGUUACUGAUAUGUCAAGGACAACAUCACAUGAAAACAUGACAGAGGUCAGAAGUUUGUCCUUACCUCAACGUUUGUGCUUAUUAUGUUGUGGGGAACAACAUAUUAUGCCUUCAUCAGAUAUACAGGUACCUAAAUGAUGUGGUUGAAAAGGUUUCGUGAUUUUUAAUUCACAAUUGUUUGUAUAUUUUCUACAUUAUUCUAUUCAUUUUUAUGGAGCGAUGUCAUAGAAAUAACAUUGUCUUAAUGUAAGCAAUCGAACACUUUCAAAAUCAAUGUUUUCAUUUGAUUUUGUACAUUUCUUUCAUACAUUCAAGAUUAAAAUAUUUUUAUGUAAAAAGCUGUAUUUGAAUAAAGCACAAGAUUUAUAACAUGUUACCGUUGAUGG